CUCCAGGUGAGAUAUUUCAUGUGCUGCAUCGCCGUGGAGUAGGAGAAGGUCAACUGUUUUUAAUUACCUUACAAUCAAUUUAAUUCAAGUUAUUUAGCCGAUACUACCUAAGACGCGUGAUAGGGACGUCACUUACUAAAAUAUGUAGUUUUAACGAUUAUAAUAGUCGGUGAAGAAGAGACUACAGCUGGUCAUCUGUUGCUCGGCUCUCUCUUUCCUUUCGCCUUCGGCCAUAUCCUUCAGGGAAUAGUUUUAGUAAGUUACUUUUUGGGUGUCCUACCUAUUCAGUUUUUACUAGCCAUGUGUCCUUCGCGGAACAUAUUGCUGGUUGGAGAAGGGAACUUCUCGUUUUCUGCCUCUGUGAGCCAGUACUCUGAGACCAACAUCACGGCCACUUGCCUGCAGCAUCAGGACGAGGCACUGCGGCAUGAAGGCGCUGCCACCAACAUCCAGACCGUCCAGGACUCAGGUGGAGAGGUGAUUUUCGGGGUGGACUGCACGAAGCUUGCAGAAUGUGCCUCUCUUCAAGGCCGUGAAUUUGAUCGUGUGGUGUUCAACUUCCCUCACUGCGGUAGAAAGAGUGGGGUAAAAAAGAACAGAGAGCUUCUCAAAAACUUCUUCCUCAGUUGUGUUCAGCUGUUGUCUGAAGAUGGGGAGGUUCAUGUUUCCUUAUGCAACGGACAGGGCGGCACACCAGCCGACCACCCGAAGAGAGAGUGGCACAACAGCUGGCAGGUGGUUGCCAUGGCAGCAGAGGCACACCUAAUCCUCAGUCAUGUCCACUCUUUUGAAAGUGACAAAUACCAGAGCUACAAGUGCACCGGAUACAGGAGCCAGGAUAAGGGCUUUCAUGUGGAGAAAGGUUUGCUCCACGUGUUCACUCGAAGCCUCCCUUUCAGCCCUGCUCAGACACUUCAGGUUGAAGAGGCAGUUGAAAGACACAGAGUGGAGUACAACAUAACAGCCGAGCUCAGCGAUUACAUAUUCAGGGGAUUGCUUUGCUCAGGUUCUGUCCACCCUGUCAGGAUGGUGCAAGAUUUUCUUCUCAAAGGACUGGCAGAUAAGUGGUCCAUCUCUAUGACGACAGAAACCGUUCCCUUCCUCCUCACAGCAGAACAGCUGCAGGCAUCUUGCCCAGACUUCAAAAGCACAGACUGCUGCUGGAUCCAUCUGCUUCAGAAACACCAGAACUUUGAUGCUCAUACCUCUAAAAACAUAGAGAAAGAUCCGGUUUUGGAUAGUCAAGGACACACGGACACUCUGUCGGCCACGUGUGCUACCUCAGGUAAAGUGAGGAUCAAAGAAGCUGAGAGCUUAAUGUCUGCAUGCUCUCUGGUUGAUCCUGAAAGCGAGAGCUGUCUUUAUGUGCUGCGUCCAUCACUGCUUCCUCACAUGGAAGAGCUUCUCACUAAAAAGUUGAUUAACAAUGCAGGGAGGCAUGGGGAGAAUGAGGGGAAUAAUACAAGUGUUGAAGGACAUAAGAAGGAGGGGCCAUUUGGGGGCAGUAAUGGUGUCACCAGCUUGUUAUUUGGCCUUAGCGGCCUGGUUUUCAAGAACGUGCCUGUCAACCUUUGGGCCCCGCCAGCCUUUCACGAGCUUCUCCUCAGAGGGAUUUUCCCUUCAGAAUGUGAGCCAAUUAAAUUGCUUGGACAGAGGCUGGAAGAGCUGCUCGCACCCUACGGGGUUUCCCUAGUCACAGAACAGGGAGCCCUGCGUCUAAUGGCACAGCCUAUGGGUUUGGUUGGCAGGGUAUUUGCAAGCGAUGAAGGUGACAACAUAAGUGAUGUGUGCGUCACUGUUUCCCUAAAUUUGGACCUCCUUGCCGUGCUCCUAUUUUCACUCCCUGACUGGCGGCUUCUGUGGUCACAUGACCCCCGCUUUAUACAACACUUUGAACUCUGUCCUUCGCCAGGGAAACCUUUUCAACCAUUCUCCCUGUACCCCGAACCGUUCAGCUUUGACAUCAGCUUCUGGACAGGGCCGACGUGGGAUGAGAGGAAGUUCCACGCUGUGAUACGAGAGGCCAGUCAUGGGACCGUGGAGCAAGUUAAGCUCAUCGACACGUUCUCACAUUCUGACCUGAGUCAGACCAGUUACUGCUACAGACUCAUCUACCACUCACACACACAUGCUCUGUCACACACACAAGCCCUCCACUUUCAUAAAGAUCUGGAAACCUUUCUUACCUCUCGGUUGCAAGUCACGAUCAGGUAGCAACAUUUGAUAUCUAGAGAGAUGGUGUAUUAACCUCCCUUUUUUACAGAUGUUAUCAUUACAUGUCUGCUUUGAACUGCGAAGAAAAUUAUCCGCAAAACUGUAGUUAAGUGUUUACAGUAGUUGAGGCAUUUCAUGCUAUAGUCAAUAUGCAAUGUGAUUGGAAGUGUGUGUGUCUUUGUGCUUUAAUUAUACAAUAAAUGUUAUUUCAAACAUG